AUGUUACCUUCGAGAGAUGACAUAGCGAAGUUUAUUGCCAUCGUUCCAGAGGCCAGUGAAGGGGCCGCCCUUAGGUUGUUAGAGGAAGCGGAAAAUAUCGAUGAAGCUAUCAGUCGGUAUUAUGAUGUUCAAUAUGAGACUACAGCUCCAAGUUUGCCUACUAUGGAUGCGGAGGCGGAUAUGCGGAACUGCCUCCCACCGUAUGCACGUUCAGCAAUAAGAGGGCUUACACAUCAUCACACUAAUACAUUUAUCGAAGCUGCCAAAAUCCGCUCUAUAGAUGAACAAGAUAUGAAGGCCACCCUACACGCCAUUCAGCAGGCUUGUCGCAUUUUCAAUAGUGAUGUUGAACCACAGCAUACCUCGCAAUCUAUUAACUGUGACUGCGAUGUCCACAAAUACAAAGACAGAAAGUCUGCCCGGCUUGCUGUCCAGGAAAUGUGGUCCAAAGCAGUCAUGUAUCCAGGUGAAUUAGCCUAUCAUGACAAUCAUUCGGUUCGCAUCAUGAAGAAUCCAUAUAGCCGUGUGCCCUCGCCUUUUGCAAUUACAACCCCCGGAAGUUACAGUACGGCGAAGCCUACUCUGUUCGGCUACAACCAGUAUAUUCAAAAGAUUGUACGAUUGAAUGCAACCCUCAAUGCUGAGGCACAGGCUUUUAUUGAUGCAAUAGAGCCAACGUCUACCAUAUGGAAUACCGAAAACCUAGAGACCUCUAUACCAAAUGAGGCCGACCCCACAUAUUCUUCGGAUAUCCAGCAACCAACUGAACAGCGGCUCACUCAUCAAAAUAAUCCCUCAGGUCUCCUCACGGAAAGCUCCAAGCCAUCGGCAUUUGGUAGUUUGAAAAGGAUGCUAUCGAAGAAAACGACAGAGGAGAAGACAGUUAUUCACACUAGGGGGUUACGCAAGGCCAUCCUAGAUGAAGAGCAAGGCAGAUGGCCAAACCAAGAAUGGCGACAGCUUGUAGCAACAUAUCAAGAAACAGUUGGAAUAAGUCCAAAUAUUGCCGAUCUUCGUGCCCGUCACCCAAUUCAGUAUUUCCACCUCCUCCGAGCAGGAUAUUUUGAGCCUAUUCCACUGGCUUGGGCAAAAUCAACGUCUAAUCCUCUCAAAUUGUCCAUCGACCCAUUAGGUGGGUGGAGAGGAGUCACGCCCGGCUGGAGAGGAUACAAAGAUCUCGCCGAGGAACGUCUAUACUGGGUCAUGAAUAACGCAGAGGGCAUUGUUGGGAGUAAGACGAAGCCCGAUGUCAUCUCUGCGAUGAGCAUGGCUCGAUCUAGAAUGGAAUCCGCGGUUGAAACACGUACGGAAUACUCCUCACGCGAUGAUAUCUGCAAGGUUCAAUCUAUCUCCGAGACUUAUUCGAAACAAGUCAUGUCUCCUUGCAGAUACUUUGGGGAGCCAGCAGUUCCUUUAGACGAGACUAUGAUUCUCUUAGAGGUCUCUAAGUCAAUGAACUUUGCACCGCUUCGCCCGAAUUAUAAGGAGCAUAUCAUUACAGGCUAUUUUACCUCUAAGCAGCCAAAGAGCAAAGGUGAGUAUAUCCCCCUCCUACCAAUCUACAUCAGAUCCUAA